GAGAGCAGGCGAAGAAGGCGCAAAGAGAACGAGAUGGUGCAGUAAUACUUUGGGUUUAUUUUUCUUGAAGCAUUUGAGAUAUUGUACUGCUGUACAGAAGAUGAUUGAAAUUAUCAUUAUAAAGGUGGAGGAUUCGGGCAUUUUCUGGGGAAGAAUAAAAAAGGGAUUCAAUGAUGUGGCUGAAAAUGAAAAUCAAUAUGAAAGAUUGGAGGAACAGAUGAACCACUUAUAUCAGCAGAAUAGUGAGGAGCUAGAAGAAAUUAAACUUUCUGUUCUGGAACAAGGCCAGAUCUGUGUUAUUUAUUGCCAUGAACUUCAUUGCUGGUGCAGGGCAGUACUGGAAUCAAUUAUAUCAAGUGGAAUCAGUUACCUUGCAAAGUGUUUCCUAGUUGACUAUGCCAAGCACAUUUUGGUGAAAGCAAAAGAUGUUCGAAAGGCAGUUGAUACUUUUUGGAAGUUACCAUAUCGAGCAAAAAAGUUCACAUUAUUUGGUAUACAGCCAGUUACAUUGAAUAUUAAUGUUUGUGAGGAGAAAGCAAUAAUUGGUCCAGCAGUAAGAUGGGAUAGGGCUGCAAUACAGUAUUUCCAAAAAAUGGCUCAAGAAUCUCAGACUGCUGAGGCAAAAUUAAAAGGUAUUGCUGGGGAUACUAUUGCAGUUCAGCUAUAUCUCACUUUGAAGGAUGGAAAGGUGUGUUUGAAUGAUGAUUUAGUUGCAAAAAUGUUUGCACGUUACAUUUCGCCAAAGAAUCAAAACCUUGUAAAAAGCCCAAAUUCAUCAACAUUGUGCAUGAAGAAUGAAUCACCAGUUAAGAAAGCAGUUGGUCAUAAACCUUUAGCCCUUUGGUCUGAAGUUUUAGAAAUGUCGACAAUAACAGAACAAAACCAAGGUUUUUCAGACCAGGAAUCAGUUGUCCAAUGUUUAAAGGACGAAGAUAAAAAUGCAUCCCCCAAAUACGUCAGCAAGAUACCCUCAUCAUUACAUAGGAGAAAUUCAGUAGAGCCACUCCAAUCACUUUUUCUCUCAAAAAUGCAAUCAGAUGAAAAUUCGAGUAUUGACCUCCGUAAUGACACGUAUAAAAGCCAGAUCCCAUCCACAUCAACUCAGAUGAGCAAUGAAAAGUCAGCAUCUACAAGACUUUUACAGUUUCUGAACCCAGAUCCAUUGAACACAGAAGUACUUCAUCCACAACAGCCAACCUUGACAAAUGCUUUUGACCAUAGCAAUGGACUCCUGGUGCAUUCAGUUAUCAAACUGACCCCAUGUACCAGAAUGGAAAUGGCACCAAUUUCUCUGAAUUUAAAAAAGGAACUGAGCAAGAAAAAGAUUGAUCUUGAUAUCAUCCAAGCUUACUGCUGGCCACCCAUAGGCCGUGGUUGUGAUUUAGUUGCAGUAUCACAGAAAGGAGAUAAUCCUCUUUUGUACCUCCCUCCAUUGUUGACAUUUCUACAGUUGCCAUCUGUGUACAGUUUCCAACCCAAGCGAAAUUUGCCAGUAGCAAUAAUUGUGUGCCCUGGACAACAGAAAGCCCAUUUUGUAUGCCAGGAAUUAAUUGAUUUGACGAAGUUUUCACGGCCACUUAAUCUGUCAUUGCUUUUGGGUGGACAAGAUCCAGAAGAGAGUAAGAAAAUCAAACUUGCCAGAGGUUGUAAUGUAGUUGUUACUACUCCAUACAGUCUUGUACGGAUCCUCAAGCAACACUGCCUAUUUUUCACCAGACUCAGCCAUUUGAUUUUGGAUGGAGUUGAUGUGCUAUUUGAUGAAGCAAUAGAUGAAACGACUACUAUCUUACAACACUUCAAGGAGGCCACUAAGGUUCCGGAAAGAUUUUCAACUCCACAACAGCUCAUCGCUGUUGGAAAGCAUUGGGCAAAAGAAAUGGAAAUUUUGAUAAAAGAAAAUCAAAGUGAUCCUUAUGUUGUUAUAACAGACAUGGAAGAAGCUGCACUUUAUGGAAAAGUGCAUCAGAUAGUGCAGCUUUGUCUAGACGAUGAGAAAACAUCAUUGUUGUUGACCAUGUUGGACUUCACUUCUGAGGUUUUACAAAAGACUUUGAUUUUUGCUAAUUGUGCCGAGGAAGUUAAUCAUGUGUUUAAAGCUUUGGACAGCAAUUCAAAUUUUUGCAUAAAAGCCCAUGAAGGAAUGAACUUGCACUUCAGCCAAGUAGUAGAACAGUGGAAUAAUAAAUUCAGCCCUGGCACACAUGUCAUAUUAGUUACAACAGAUGAGUGCCUCCCAGUUCUGAGAAUUACAGAUGCCACCUGUGUAAUCCAUUAUGGUUUUCCUCCAUCUCACAAAAUAUUUGGAGCUCGUCUGUGUUGUAUGGUUGACAAUUUUAAUAAUCUGAUUGUAAAGGAAUCAACUCCUCAAAGUCAGUCGAUCAUAAUAAUGACUGACAAAAAUGUACCUCAGAUGAUCUCCUUUCUGCACUACCUGGAAAGAGCAGAAGCUAACAUCCCUACUGAACUGUAUAAAUUCAUUUCUGAUAUGAAUGACAAAGAUGACAUUUGCUGUGAUGAAUAUUUAUGUAAAUACCUUAAAGCCUAUGGAAUUUGCAGGGACAUUAAAACUUGUGGAAGUCGUCAUAAAAUUCAUGCAAAUGUGGACAAACCACGAUAUAUUUCGGAUGAAAAAAGGUUGCCUUCUAGUGGAUAUGUUGAGAUAAUUCCAACAUAUGUCAAUAAUGCUUCCUGUUAUUAUGGUCGAAUAAUCCAUACAAGAAAAAAAUGGGGGGAUUCUCCUACUUCAGUGGAAGACAGUUAUCUAAGACUUCUGGAAGACAUGGCUGAAUACUACAUGGAAGAAAAUCACAGGAAAUCGGUGAAGCAAUUAAAAGUGUUUUCCCUGUAUGCACUCAAGGAAAAAAAAUACUGCAGGGUCCAAUUAAUAGCAUUACCACAGAAAGAUAGAAGUUCAGUUCUUCGUAGUGCAGAAGUGAAAUACAUUGACAGUGGUCAAAUUGGACAUGUAAUGCAAAAAGAUCUUCUUGAGCUCCCUACCAAGUUCCAAGUUCUACCACCACAGAUUGUUGAAUUUAUUGUAUGCAAUGUGAAACCUAUUGACCAUGAAAACGAUUGGAAUCCACAGGUAUCGAGAUUUAUUCAGCAAAAGAUCAUCAAUAAACCACAUGAAGCUAAAAUUGCCCUUGCUCUUGGUAAUACUUUAUGGCUAAACCCUGUGGUACAUCUGACUAAAUUGCCUGAUUUGAAAACCACAAUAUUUGACUAUAACAUUCGCUCAGAAAUCAUGAAUUCUGGUUAUGGAACUGAUAAUCUGGAGCACAUUGAAAGGCUAAAAGACCUCUGCAGGGCAGCUGGAUUUAUAAUUCGAGAUAAGGAUUCACCCCAGAAGAAAUUCUCUACUCUGGAGGAUGAAAUUAACCAAAAAGCUAAAGAAAAACAAGAUCAUAUUCCAAGCAGUUACAUUCCAGUUGUUGGUGACAUUUGCUUGGCACUCUGUACAACAAAGAGGUGGUGUAGAGUGAGAAUUUUAUCAGUGGACUCUUCAAACAAGAACUGCCAUGUACUAUUUGUGGAUUUUGGGACAUCCAGCUGGAUUUCUUCAAACAGAAUUCAACCUUUAAUGACAGACGUCCCUGCACUUCCUUUUCAGGCAGCCACAAAACGAAGAAACACUGUGGAACACGUUCAAAGAAAACAUCUAAUGCCCAACCUGCAAAAAAAGGAACAAAUCAUGCAAACAGCUACGUGCUGUGCACUACCUGGUGUAGACGCUGUGGAAAAAAACUGGAAUUCAGAGAUUAAAGAGUUAAUACGGACUAGUUUUCAGGGCAAGGAACUCCAAGCUAAAGUUAUUGAACAGAAUAGAAAUGUAUCAACAUCUUCAUUAAAAACUGCAAUUGUGGAAGAACUCAAAAACUUAAUGGUGCAAUAUCCUGCUGAGGGUGUACCAGAAUCCGAUUACUUACGCUGUCUCUGCAGAUUGCUAAGAUUUUUAUCUACUCCAAAAGAACAAGCUGAUCUAAUGGUUGCAAUGACUCAUUUGGCAAAGAUGCAAGUAAGGGUUUGUGAAGAAGUUGAAGAUCAACAGACUGUCAGCCUCCUUUGUGCAAAGGUUCAGCAGUCUUCAGAGGAUGAGGUUUUGGAAAAAGGCCUGGAAGUUCUGUGUCAUCUCAGUGGGAGAUCGGAGAGUGUGAAUUUAAUGUUAGCAAAUGGAAUUGAGUCAACAAUCGGGCUAUUAUCAAGCACAUCCAAUGAAAGUGUUUUAUGUGAAGUUGUAAAUAAAAUCAAGUUUUCACCGAGUUCACAAAAUCUUCAUCUGCAAAAUGAUUCAGUCUUUUCUGAAGGAAAUAAUGAUAUUAAAGAUAUUCCCAGAGAGCAAUCAAGUCGUUCGACAACAGAUUAUAAAAGCUUUCACCCUGAAAUAAAGUGGCAUCAAACAGAUGAUCAUCUUGUGCUAAAUAUAAAAUUGCAAAAUGUUGCACAAUAUUCAUGCAGAUUUGAUCAGUGCAGAGUAAUAUUCAGUGCCUCUGUUGAUGCCAAAUUGUACUUGGCAGAUUUGGAACUUCAAGGCAGUAUUUUAAAAGACAAGUGCUUAUGUAUCAUAAAAAAUGAAGAACCUGUCAUUACACUGUUUAAAGAGGAGAGAUCUGUGUGGAGCAGUUUGCUGAAAAUUAAGAAUCCAAAUGUUACUUUUGAUUUCAACUAUUUUGUGGAGUCGACGGAUGAUGGAUCUCUUCCAAUUUACAAUGAUAUAAGAAGAAAAGAGCAUCAGCUAGUACUAGAACCCGUGAUCGAUGAAUGGAAUAAUUUUACAAAUGUUUCUGACAGUUCAGAGGAAGAUUACUGACGACUGUGAAAGCAACUGUCUUAGCCUUCAUUGACACAGACUCCACUACUUGCUGAUAAGACCAAGGAAUCUCAAUCCUUUGGAAAAGAAAUUCCACUUAUCUGUUUAAUCACUCCUUGUAAAAUAAUUCUCAUUUUGGGAUUCAACCUGGUAAAUCUUCUCUGAGGUAUUUUAAAUGCACUUAUAAUCCUACUUAACUUAAGAUAUGCAUAAUAUUCCAGCCAUAAUUUACUUCCACAAGGGCAACAAGACAUCUCUUCUCAACUAACUUGCAAUGAAGGCCAACAAUUACUUGCUGUACCUGCAUGCUCACAACGUAUUUAAUGUAUAAGGACACUUGUCCCUUUGUACAGCAGUAUUCUGUAAAUUAUAGCUGUUAGUAUUCCAUAUUCACUCUGUUUACCCAGCUUGUGAUCACUUCAGUGCUAUUUUUUUGUCUAGGAUGAAGAGUGGUAGAUUGUCAAAGUGAAACUGACAAACUAUUUUGCAUAAAUGUUGGAAAGUGAAUGAAAAAGUACAAUUUUUAAAGACGGGAGAUCUGUCUGUAGCAAGUACCAUUUUAAAUUGCUCAUGGAUAAUAACACCAAUUAUUUGUAUUUUGCUUAUUGGAUGUUGACUGUCCAUGUAAAUGUAAACAUUAGAAAACAGUUAUUGGUUUUGAAUAUUUGCUUUUGCAUUGGUUAAAGUAACUAGUAUUUUCAUCUUCAGUUCAAGAUUUUUAAAAGGAUAUUGUAAGAAUCUAGAUGAAAAUAUGUGUGUAACUAAAACAAUAUUAGUGGAGAAAUGAGAAUAAAAAUACAUUAUCUGAGGUUAUCAAAUGUUUCAACAAGUAUUAAAACAACCACUGGUAAAGUUCAUAACACUGCACGUUGUAGUAUAUGGUUCUUUUAAAAAAAAAACACAGGAAUUAUUUGGUUUUUAAGCAGAGUUUCCUAAGGGCUUGCAAGAAAGCCAAAUUUGAGUUCAGUUGCUUUAUAAUUGUUCACUAGUGAUAUUUCUGUAUACUGACCGGAUCUCCCAAGGACUAUCAGUAUUUGCAUGGCUUUUCCAGAACAACUUAAAAACGUUUGUAACUAAAUUUUAAUCUAUGUUAACAUUCAUUGUGUGUUUUUCUUCAUCAAAAUAAAAAGACAUAUCCUCUUUGGGAUUUG